AUGGAAUCUGAUGAUAGCUGCGAAAUAGCCUCGGUAAUUACAAGAGCAGAUACCAAGUCUGAUUUAUCUGAUAAUCAGACCAUCGAUUGGAGUAGUCAUCAAAAGUUAAGAAAAGAAAGCUAUCCAAGUUGUGAUGGUUACCUAUCAAAUGUGGAAGUAUUAUCAGACAGUUGUCCAAACAAACAAAUUUACACCUUUUCACUAAAGUUAAGAGAGCAAGGAAAGAAGAUUAAACUCCUGGAACAAGAGCGUAUUGGCUAUUUGGAACAAAUAGCCAAUCUCUGUUCAUCUUUAGAAAAAAAGCAACAAGAGUUGGUGGACGUUUUGAAACUUUCGGAAGAAAAGGCAAAAUACCACGCUCAUUACAUGACUGAGGUUAGUAGUCUACUAGCCGAGCUGAAAACACUAUUUUCGAAGCAUUCAAACUGUUUUAAUCCAGAAAAUCAGGUUUUAAUAGAUCAGGGUGAAUUCGCGAAUAGGAAUGAAGUUUCGAAUGGUGCCGAUACUGAAAAUGUACAAUUGAGUUCCACUAUUGGUUCAAUGAAAGGCGCUUGCUGUUCAGAAUCUCAGCAAGAUCAUCGUGGUCGCGCUCUAAUUAAUGCACUAUCUGCUACAGUAAGCGCUGCCAAAAAUAUGAACAGCAAAAAAUUGAUAAAAAACGAACAUUCUCCACAAAUACCACAGAUAUUUGCAGAUACGUUAUCAUCCAAACCUUUAAAUAGUUCUGAUCAAAAUCCUAUUAAAACUUCUACAAAUCAGUUGCCUAAUAAAUUAAUUCGACACACUCAGGUGACAAAAAAUCCUAUAGCUUCAGAUGUUUGCAUAUUACCGUCAUUUUGUUGGAACACUGACCAUGUUCUGUACUGGUUACGUGAAUAUGUUUGCUUACCUGGUGGAUGUUUGGAAGCUGCUAGUCGACUUCGUUUAGAUGGUAAACAAUUAACAAGUGUAUUCGACAGAAAGAUUGAAAAACAGUUACAUCUUAAUGAUGAAGGAUUAAGAAAAAAAUUCUUUACAGCUCUCGAAGAUCUACGAAUACAUGGACCACCUGGCAUAUCACGGCAUCCAGGACCAAGCCAUAUAAGCUAUCAAUGGAUUUGUGAUAUUUGGUUAAAACAUCAUUUAGGUCUUGUACAACUAGUUCCUAUAUUUUCAAUACGACGUGUGGAUGGUCGAAUGUUGUCUAGUUUAAUCACCUAUAAACGUCCAAAACAUUCCAUCCAGCAUAAAAAUAGACGAAAAAGUAAAGAUAAUCAUAAUUAUGAUAACGAUAAUAAUUGCUAUGAUAUAAUCAUUUCUAAUCCCAAUGAUGAUAUUCCUCUUUCGAAUUAUUCACAACAGAAUCUUAUCAAUUUAAAAACUAAUCAAAUUAAUGGUAGUAGUAAUAAUGACAAUAAUGAUAAUAAUAAUGAUAAUAUCAGCAAUCAUUCAAGUGUUAAAAGUAUUUCGUCUGUAUCUUCUACAAGCAGCAUAACUAACGCUGUACAAGAUUCCUGCAGUCAUAGUAAUAGCAGUAAUAAGUAUGAUAAUGGUAAUGAAUACAUGGAACGUAAUUGGCAAGUUGCUGGACGUAAAGAAAUGUUACAUAUUUUAUUAGGUUUGUCUCAUACAUCAUCAUCAUCAUCGUCGAGUAGUGGUGCAGAUUUAUCUGUAGAUUGUAGAUAUUUACUUGGCAAAAAAGAGGCUGAAAGUUUACGUACUGCUAUUGAAUUAUUGCAUCAUCAUAAUUUUAAUAUAGAGUUGAUAGAACAAAUUCGUGCUAAAUCUGAUCUUUCCGAAUUAGAUCUUUUGUAUUGGACAAAUGAUCACAUUGUUAAGUGGUUAUCCGACUUAGGUUUAAGUGAUUUUGUGCAUGGAAUUGAUGCAAGUGGUUUACAUGGAGCAUAUAUGGUACUUGAUUCAACGUUCGAUUUCAAUACAUUAAUUAAACGUUUGCAUAUACCAUUGAAUGUUGCAGUUUUGUGUAAAUUAGAAGAGAAUUUACAACGAAUAUUAAAACCAGCUAGAAUUCGUGAAGGUAUAUCUACCAAACAGCAUAGAAUUUUUCGUCGACGUAGUAUUAGUCGGCUAAACUGUACAAACAGUAUAAUGCAACGUAGUAUUACAUCAACUAAUGCAAUCAAUGGAAGUUGUUCAUCGUUGAUAAAUUCAUCAGAAUCCCAAACCAAAUCAUCUACGGAUAAUAAUAGCAAUAAGCAUGUAAAAAUGAAUGGGAAUGUAUUUAAUAUGAAUCAAAACAAAAAUACUUUCAUAACAUCCUUUACUAAAACUGAUGUUAUUCGCGAUGCUGAAUCAUUGAAUCUAACCAUUAAGGAUAUCGAUCUAACACUGAAUAACCCAAUUGGAUUGACACCGAGACGCGAGAAACGUCGGAUUCUAACAGUUACUGGUGAUUUAAUGAAUUCUAAUCGUUUAACACGUGUAUUUACACGUGGUCAUAAAACAUCAGUAGAUGUUACUGAGCAGUCAAAUAAAUUACUACCAAAUACACAAGUAUCCAAACAAUUAUCAGUAAUGGGAUUGAAUAAUAAUAAUGGCAUUAAUGUUAACAGUUCCAAUGAUAAUUUAGACUGGUCAUCUGAUGUUGAAGAUAAGUCAAGUACUUUAGUAAGAAAAACAUCUGAGAAAAGUUCAGACAAUUCUUCUGCAUUAAAACAAUUAAAUUCAUUAGAUUGUAGAAAAACUACUCCACCUAGACAAGUUGUUCAGCCUCACGAAGCUCCACUUCUUGAUCCUUUUGGUUCUGAUUGUGGCAGGCCUCGUUUACGGAUUCUCCUAGGACAAACAAAUCGUUUAAAUUGUCUAACUGGAACAUCUUCAGCAUCAACUAUGAAAAGUAAUCCCAACACCGCAUUCAAAAAUAUCUCAGAUCAUAAAAAUAAUCUAGCUAGUCGUCAGUCUGUAGCAAAAUCCUGUAUAACAUCUACAUUUACCGCCACAAGUCUUGUAUCAAAAGGAAGUACGAAUUCUAUCAAUAGUAUCUCUUCUUCGUACAUAAUCCCAAUUAGUAAAACGGAUUUUUAA